CUCGUCGUCAAUCUGAAACCUCGUUACUCAUGGGCAAACGCAUUAUCUUCACAGGCGGCUCCGGCGUCGCUGGACGCUGGGUAAUUCAAGAGCUUCUACGCAAAGGCCACGAGGUGAUGAAUCUCGACAUUGCCCUUCUCGACAACCCCGCAGUUCAUACGAUGAGAUGCGACGUUAGCGAUGCCGGACAAGUGUACAGCGCGCUUCACUCCCAAUUCCGGCUCAGUCAACCUCUCGAAAAGUCCUCGAUUCCUGAUGCGGUCAUCCAUUUUGCUGGCUACGCUCGACCUCUUCUCGCCCCCGAUAGUGAAGUUUUCAAGACAAAUGUGAACAGUAUUCACAAUGUCGUCGAGGCAGCAUGCAAAUUAGGCGUCAAGAAAAUCAUCUUGGCGAGUAGUGUCUGCGUCUACGGUGUCACAUUCGCCGAAGAGUAUCGGCAAUUCAGUUCGUUCCCAAUUGAUGAGGAGGUCGACUGCAAUCCGACAGACCCUUACGCACUUUCCAAGGUUGUUGGAGAAACCAUUGCAAGAAGUUUCUCAACUCGUUUCGGUGUUGAUAUCUACUGCCUCCGCAUCGGAGCUGUCAUCGAGCCUGACAAGUACGCCGAAAACUUUUCUGGCUACAUAAACCAGCCGGAGUCUUGGGACGUUCACGGAUGGUCCUACAUAGAUGCCAGAGAUCUUGGGCAGAUGUGUCAUCUCUGUCUUGAGAAGGAUGGCCUUGGCUGGCAGAUAUUCAAUGCGACAAAUAACGACAUCACCAACACGGAAAAUACGACUGCAUUCUUGAACCGCGUGAGCCCAUUGACGCCCUUCACUCGGGAAAUGGGCGAGCGCGAGGCCCCAAUGUCGAAUAAGAAAAUCCAAGCCUUAUUGGGAUUCAAGGAAGAACAUCCGUGGACGAGGUACAUCCUCAUUACAAAAAAAACAGUAUGAGGGACAGGCGGAAAGGAUCUGAGAAAAGGAGAUUCAGUAGGCAGCCGAAAUCUUGUUGAGCUCUACGUUUAAUCCUAUCUCAAUUCUUGCAAUUCUACGAAGCUUCCCCAACCCGGCCGAGAAGGAAUUGUGAGUUGUCAAUCCUAUUAUAGAACUCACAUUCUUUUGUGACGACGUCGCAAUCUCGUGAUGCCUUGAA